AUGCGCCGUGGACUCACUUGCCGAAAUGUUCAUGACCCGGUGUUUAUGCGAAAUGUGAAGCGGGUGCUGGCAUCUUAUAAGGAAUCUAUGGACCAUUCCAGUAGGAAGGGCAUGUCCCGCGAAGCGUUUGUGGACAUUAACGAAAAGGGAGCUGCGUGGUACCUUGGGCAUAUGCAGCUGGCCUCGCGGACCCUCGCAGAGAAGGUGAAGGACGCCGACUUUGUGUUGGAGAUACGAGACGCGAGGCUUCCAUUUACGACGGGAAACCCGAAUCUUCAAAAGAUUAUCAUUGAUCGCCCGCGGCUGAUUGUUUUUAACAAGGCUGAAAUGUCCAACGAAGACUGUAACCGGGUCAUUCAGCAGUACUACGAGCGAACAGGGAAUUUCGCCCUCUUCACUAGCGCAAAGCGAAGCUGGCGAGACACCGUUGAGGCCGUGCAACGCUUCGUGACACAUAUUCUCCCAGCGCAGCGAUUCAAAACAACGGCUAACGUGGGCCUCGUAGUUGGAAUGCCCAAUGUUGGGAAAUCCACACUAAUUAAUUCCCUUAGGUUGGCACACGAGUAUCAGUUUCACCGUGAGGAUUUCAGGCGGCCACGUACGCCGGAGGCUGUGAGUAUUGCCCCAGGGACAACUCGUGGCGUGAAACUCGUCCCUGUUUGUAAAGAUCCAAACAUUGUUCUCUAUGACUCUCCAGGUCUCACACUCCCUGGAUGCUUUGCGAAAGAGGCAGGUUUGAAACUGGCCGCAUGCGGAAUUAUCCCCACCAACGAUAUCACGCUACCACGCUCCCUUGUAGCUCGAUACAUCUACGAUGUCCUUAGUGCGGCUGGGGUGGGGGAGCAUAUGGCAGAAUGUCUGCACCUGCCGCGAGCUCCCAUUAGCUUUGACGACUGCAUUUCCAUGAUCUGUGAAAGAAGUGGAACGAGCGGUCAAACUGAUUUGGGGAACUUAGACCCUUCGCGCGCGCAAAAGUUCCUCAUACACGAUUUCCAGUUAGGAAACUUGGGUCGCAUCACGUUGGAUAAGCUACCCAACAAAGUGCGGCAGGCGGUAAGUGGGAAGGAGUAUCAAAGGAUUGGCGGAGGUGCAGGAAGUGGGACAGAAGCUAGCAAUGAGGAAAACGAAGUCGUGUGGACCCAUGACGUAAAGAGCUCUGACGUAGUGGCUCGCUACUCGGAGGAAAUGCGGGAAGUUAUGGAGGAGUUGCAGGGUGAACCUGUGGAGAACACGCCUUCAAACAGGAAACCGUGUGGGGACAGCACGGUCAUCAGCCGUAAGAAAGGGCCGAUUAGCCGUGUGAGUGCGCACGACGAAAGCUUCAGGCGAAGCAUACGCAUUAUUCCAGGGCGGUGA